GGAAGGCAUCAACCUCUGCAGAGCAUCGAUCUGUUCUCCUCGUCUCAACGGUUUUCUUGUCGUAGGUUUCAGUUCUUCGUAUUUUCUGGGCUUUCUCCUUUGAUUUUUGGAGAAGCAUCGAUUCUUCAUAAAAGCGUAUUGAACACUCUCAGUAAAUUCUUACAGUUUGCGUUCGUUUUCCCCAUUGUUGCUUGCCGAUUAAUCCAGGGUUCAAUUCAAUUCACUGCCUAUCUUCCCUUUUUUUUCGGGAGUUUGCUGCUGCUAAGAAUUUGAGAUUUGUAGGGUUUGGAUCAAGAUUCGAGCGAAUUCGAUCGUUUAAUUGUCCUUCUGGGAUUUUCGUGGCCUGACGCGAGAAAUUUAUUUUGUUCCGGCGGAGAGUUUUAGGGUUCCGGUUUGGGUUCAUAUCCAAGAGUUGAGAAUUUGUGCGAUUAUAUUCUUCAUAGAAUAGAAUGAGGACAUGGUUGUGAAACGGAUAUUCGGGAUGCCAAAGUUGAAACGGUGCAAUUUGGCUGAGAACGACGAGACGUUCUCGCCUAAAAGAGUGAGAACCAAUGAGCUUGUUUCGGUCAAAAUCACGGAGUUAGAGGAUUGGAACACCUGUUUUGUUGGUUCAGGGCGCAGAGGGGCUUCUAGCUAUGAUGGUGAAGCGAAAUCAAAUGUGAUGAUUUCCAGUGCAAUUCAACCUUUUCCAGGUAAGAAUAAAGGUUCAGAGGAGACAAAGGCUCCACUCCUAAAGUCCUCCCGUGGCCGUUUUCAGAUGCUUCCUUCUAAAUUCAACGACUCAGUUUUGCAUUCGUGGAGGAAAGAUCGAUCCAGUGUUGACGAUAAGGAACUCUGUUCUGACAAUGAUAACCCUACAUGUAAUAUGGAGAAAAACGUAGCUAAUAACUUUAGAUUUGGGCACUUGCAUGAUAUAAAGUUGAUCGAUAGUCACAUGAGAGCUGAGGUAGGUGGGGUUGGUUAUAUGGGGCACACGGGUUGUGAUAACAUAUUGUAUUCAAGUUCAAAAAGCUCAUUGACAUGUGUAAGUGGAUGUGGUGUUUCAUCAUUUGCUGAGUCUCAACCUAAGGUGAAGACUUGGUCUGCAAGAUCUGAGAAAUACACAAAGAGGAAUGUUGAAAAGAAAGAUUACUAUGGGCUAGGGGACUUUCUUUUGGGCGAUAUAGUCUGGGCAAAAUGUGGAAAGAAGUUCCCUGCCUGGCCAGCUCUUGUCAUUGAUCCACUAUGUGAUGCACCAAAAUCUGUUCUCAAGGCUUGUGUUCCAAAUGCUAUUUGUGUGAUGUUUUAUGGGUACGCCAGAAAUCACCAAAGGGACUAUGGAUGGAUCAAAGCCGGAAUGAUAUUUCCCUUUCAAGAGUGCCUGGAGAAAUUUCAGGGACAGACUAACUUGUUUGGAAGCAAGCCAGCUGAUUUCCGCAAAGCAAUAGAAGAGGCAGUUUUGGCUUGCCAGGGCUGUAUGAAUGGAGAGUCUGCCAAUGCACAAGAGACACCAUUACUUCCAAACCAAGCAGAGAUUGCAGAGGACACAGGAUCCAAUCAGGAGCUAGAAUGCUGCUCAUACCCCCAGGAUGCAUACUCUAAGAGGAAAAGAACUCGAUUUUGUGACAGCUGCGGUUUAAAUCUGCCAUGCAGAACAAUGAAUAAAGUGAAAGACAGGGACACUCAAACCCAUUUUAUUUGUACACACUGUACCAAGCUGAGGAGAUCAAAGCAGUACUGUGGAAUCUGCAAGAAAAUUUGGCAUCAUUCUGAUGGUGGGAACUGGGUAUGUUGUGAUGGUUGCAAUAUUUGGAUGCAUGCUGAGUGCACCAGUAUAUCCCACAACGUUUUUGAGGACCUGUUCAGCACUGAUUAUUUCUGCCCCGAAUGCAAAAUUAAAGCUUGUCAUACUUCUGUCGGUGUAGAAAAAAGGCAACAAAAACCCAGCCUAUCAAGCAGGCCUAUGGAGAACAUCAACCAAACAGAGAUGCCUGGAAAGGUUGAAGUUGUCUGCUUGGGCAUGGAAGGAAUUUAUCACCCAAAUCUUCAUUUAGUUCAGUGCAAGUGUGGUUCAUGUGGUACAAGGAAACAAACACUUAAUGAAUGGGAACGACAUGCGGGAUCCAGAGCAAAGAAAUGGAAGUACAGUGUUAAAGUGAAGGGCUCGAUGAUAACUCUUGAUAAAUGGUAUAAUCCUGUUAUUGCAAAGUGGACUUCAGAGCGUUGUGCUAUUUGUAGAUGGGUCGAAGAUUGGGAUUAUAACAAGAUAAUUAUAUGCAACAGAUGUCAAAUAGCUGUCCAUCAGGAAUGCUAUGGAGCCACUGAAGUUCAAGAUUUUGCUUCAUGGGUCUGCCGAGUGUGUGAAACUCCUGAAAUUGAAAGGGAAUGUUGUCUCUGUCCUAUAAAAGGAGGUGCACUUAAGCCUACAGAUAUUGACAACUUAUGGGUUCAUGUUUCAUGUGCGUGGUUUCGACCUGAGGUUGCUUUCUUAAAUGUGAAGAAAAUGGAGCCUGCCAGUGGUAUUCUUAGGAUUCCUCCAGAUUCCUUUGCUAAGACAUGCACAAUAUGUGAACAAGUUCAUGGUUCCUGUACGCAAUGCUGCAAGUGCGCCACUUCUUUCCAUGCAAUGUGCGCUCUAAGAGCUGGAUACCAUGUGGAACUGAAGUGCUUUGAAGAGAAUGGAAUGCAGCUAUCAAAAUGGGUAUCAUAUUGUGCCUUGCAUAGAACCCCAAAUGCAGACAAUGUUGUAGUAAUGAGGACCCCCUUAGGGGUAUUCUCUACUGGAAAUGUGCUGCAGAGACAGAGUGGAGAACGUUGUAUGAGGGUUUCAAGGCUCAUUUCAUCUACACGUCAUGACCUCCCAGAUACAUCAGAUCCCGAGAACACUGAACUCGAACCUUUUUCUGCUGCUAGGUGUCGCAUCUUCAAAAGGUCUUGGAAGAAGAGUCACAACAAACAAGUGGGAGUAUUUCAUCGACUAAUGGGCUCAAGGCAUCAUCCAUUGGAAGAGAUAGAUUUUUUGACUGCACACACCAAAGUAUCAGAGGUUAAGGGGUUUUCAACAUUCAUAGAGCGCCUCAGUCAUCUACAGAAAUCUGAAAACCUCCGGGUUUGUUUUGGUAAAUCCGGAAUACAUGGAUGGGGUGUUUUUGCUAGAAGAAACAUCCAAGAAGGAGAUAUGGUCUUUGAAUAUCGUGGAGAGAAGGUGAGGCGCAGUGUUGUUGAUCUGAGGGAGGCGAGGUACCAACGCGAAGGCAAAGAUUGUUAUCUAUUCAAAAUCAGCGAUGAAGUAGUCAUUGAUGCCACUAAUAAGGGAAACAUUGCACGCCUUAUCAAUCAUUCGUGCAUGCCCAACUGCUAUGCAAGGAUUAUUAGUGUCAGCAAAGAUGAUAGCCGAAUUGUUCUUAUAGCCAAGACUAAUGUUUCAGCUGGGGAUGAGUUAACGUACGAUUACUUGUUUGAUCCCGACGAGCAUGAUGAGAAAAGAGUACCCUGCCUAUGUAAAGCUCCUAACUGCAGGAAAUUUAUGAACUAGGUCAUUCACACACAAAAAAAGUGUACAGGAUUCUUUCGAGGGCACAUUUGUUUGGUACCUCCCUCAUUCUUUACAUAGUAGGUCCAAAUUUUGAUAAACCCAUUGACGGGCACGAACAUCUGUAUAUCGCAAAUGUUGCCAAUCUCAAUCAGAUUGGAUUUGUCAUAUGUUAUAUCCCCUAGUACUACACCUGAUCCUCAAAUCCUUAAACAAAUCAGUGGAAUCAUGUCUAAGUGUUACGAUCCUUUCUGGAAUGAAUUCUCCAACCCCAAACCAUAUUACUUAACCCUGACAACCUUGAGCCUAUCUCCAUCCUAAAAAGAGCCGUAUACCCUGCCCAGACUACCCCACUCCCUACUUGAAUCACUCCAUCAAAAUAACACGUUUUGUGCCAAAAGAAAAAAACCAUAAGUCAAUUUCCUUUUCAUUUCCCUAAGCUAGGGCCGAAACACACCAAGCCAAACAACCAUAUUUCAUCACCCAACAUCCCACAAACAUUGUCCCCCCCUUGUCCCCUAGUACAACCGAAAUAACAAGCACAACAAGCCAAGGGAUAUUUUUGAUUACUUUGACCUUUAAACCACCAUAAAAGCCACCCUAUAAAAGCCAUAUUUCUCACACCCCACUGUCCCCCACUAUGGCAGAAUGAAUCACUCCCCAACCACCAAAUAUUCACCUCACUAGCCAAGCCAAAAUACCCAACACAUCACCCAUCCAUUUUGCCCUCUAAUAUGGCCGAAAAUCCCCUU